UGAAAAGCCAGCUAGAGAGAGAGACACUGACAGAAGAGGGAGAUGGGGAGCUACCGGUGCUGCUUCUUUUUCACGAGGAAAUUCCGAUGGAGCGAGGCCCAGCCGCCGGAGGACGUGAAGGCUGCGUUCGCGAGGUACGCGGAGGGCGGGGUGCACAUGAGCGCCGACCAGCUACGGCGGUUCUUGGAGGAGGCGCAGGGCGAGAUCGGUGCCACCGUCGCCGACGCCGAGCGGGUCAUCGAGCAGGUACGCCUGCUUAGCCGGCACCCGCACCUCUCCAAGAUCUCUCGGACGGCCUUCCUCACCCUCGAAGAUUUCCAUCACUACCUCUUCUCUGUGGAGCUCAACCCUCCCACUCAGUCUCAGGUUCAUCAUGAUAUGACAGCUCCAAUGUCCCACUACUACAUAUAUACAGGUCAUAAUUCAUAUUUAACAGGUAACCAGCUUAGCAGUGAUUGCAGUGAUGUUCCAAUUAUUAAAGCUCUUCAGAGAGGUGUGCGAGUAAUAGAGCUGGAUAUCUGGCCAAAUUCUGCAAGAGAUAACAUCAAUGUUCUUCAUGGAAGGACAUUAACUUCUCCAGUGGAGCUAAUCAGAUGCUUAAAAUCCAUCAAAGAACAUGCCUUCUCUGCAUCUUCAUAUCCUCUUAUCAUAACUCUAGAAGACCACCUUACUCCUGAUCUUCAGGCUAAAGUGGCCAAGAUGGUAACAGAAACAUUUGGAGAAAUGCUAUACUACCCAGACUCAGAUAUUCGGAAAGAAUUUCCUUCACCAGAAUCUCUAAAGAAAAGAAUUAUUAUUUCCACCAAACCACCAAAAGAGUACCUUGAAUCAAAAAAUUUUAAGGAUGGUGAUGUUCAGAAAGAUUCAAAUGAUGAAGCAUGGGGAAAUGAGGUCCCAGAUCUGCAAGAUGAGAUUGAAUCUGCUACUAAGAAUGAAACUUCUAAUGAUGAUAAAGUUCAAGAUGAGGACCCUGCAGUAGAUGACGAGGAUCUGCCUCCGCCACUUGAAUAUAAGCGUUUAAUCACUAUCAAGGCUGGCAAACCUAAGGGUCAAAUGAGCGAAGCACUAAAAGUUGAUCCUGAUAAAGUAAGACGCCUAAGUCUGAGUGAACAGGAACUUGUCAAAGCAGCAGCAGCUCACAGAGAGGAUCUAAUUAGGUUUACUCAGAAAAACAUUCUUAGGAUAUAUCCAAAGGGCACACGCUUUAAUUCUUCUAAUUACAAUCCAUUCAUUGGCUGGAUUCAUGGUGCUCAGAUGGUUGCAUUCAACAUGCAGGGAUAUGGCAGAUCAUUGUGGCUGAUGCAUGGAUUCUUCAAGGCUAAUGGAAGUUGUGGAUAUGUAAAGAAGCCGGAUUUCUUGCUGAAAGCUGGUCCAACCGGUGAUGUUUUUGAUCCUAAAGCUUCUUUACCUGUGGUAAAAACUUUGAAGGUGAAAGUUUAUAUGGGAGAUGGGUGGCGUAUGGAUUUUAGUCAGACUCAUUUCGAUACCUAUUCUCCUCCAGAUUUUUACACAAGGGUGGGAAUAGCUGGAGUUCCAGCUGACACCACAAUGAAGAAAACAAAGGCAAUAGAGGACAACUGGACACCAUCUUGGGAUGAAGAGUUUAGUUUCCCUUUGACCGUACCUGAAAUCGCAUUGCUUCGUAUUGAAGUACACGAGUAUGACAUGUCCGAUAAAGAUGACUUUGGCGGACAGGCUUGCUUGCCUGUAUCAGAAUUGAGAUCAGGGAUCCGAGCUGUGCCACUUUUUGACCAGAAGGGAAACAAAUACAAUUCUGUGAAGCUCAUGAUGCGGCUUGAAUUCAUAUAAUACUUGUUGGGGUUCUUAAGUACAGUUGAUUUAAUUGUUCUUUCCUUGUUUAUAUCGUUAUGGGAUGUAAUUAAUUAUGAGUGAGAAGCAAUCCUUUUGGUGGAAUUAGUUGUGUUGUGGGCAUAAUUGGAGAAUGGCUUGUGUGAAUUAUUUGUUUUUAGAUAUGCCCCGAAUUAAAAGAUUCUAACAAACUAUGCUUUGUGGUAUUGUAUAGCAAGGUUUCAGGUUUGGUUUAUUUUA